UAAAAAUGCUCCACAGGUUCUCCAUAGGAUUUAGGUCGGGAGUCGAAAGUCAAACCUCAACACCGUGAAGCAAAAUGUGCUGAUAAUGAGCUGAUUUAAAUUGAGGUGCAAAAUGCACGUCAUCCUUUACGACUACAGUUUUUUUUUUAAUUGUUAUUAUUUUUAUUUAUUUUUUACAUCACAUCACAUCGGGUUGAAAAUUCUGCAGCAGCCCAUUCAUGUUUUCGCUUGGGUCAAAAUGCACAAUAGGGGCGAAACAAUCAAUAAGCGCAUCAAUAGUGAUGCUUCCAGUAGCUGCAAAGACUGCUGGCCGCGUUAGCCCCCCCCCUCCCUCCGUCCCGAGUAUACAUAAAAAGGCGUGUCCUCCCCCCCCCUACCUCCCACACACAAGUGAGAUUGAGCGCCCCACACGCGCUUCUGAAUGCCCUUCAUGGAUGCUCCAGGACUCCGGCAUCCUCCGUGGAAUUGACACGCUGUUGUGACGAGGUGGGACGUGACCACGCAACAGCUUCUCGAAUUGUCGUCAUCGCCAGGUGAAACAUCUGGGAAGUGUUGCCAUGGCAAACAGAGGCCCCACUUAUGGCCUGAGCCGAGAGGUGCAAGAAAAGAUCGAGCAGAAAUACGACCCGGACCUGGAGCAGCGGCUCGUCGACUGGAUCGUGGCCCAGUGCGCCGGCAGCGUGGAGAAGCCGCCGGCGGGCAGGGAGGCCUUCCAGAAAUGGCUCAUGGAUGGGACGGUCCUGUGUCGGCUCAUCAACAGCCUUUAUCCUAAAGACAAGGAGCCGGUCAGGAAGAUUUCAGAAUCCCAGAUGGCCUUCAAGCAAAUGGAGAAAAUAUCUCAGUUCCUGCAAGCUGCCGAAGCCUACGGGGUCACCAAAACGGAUAUCUUCCAAACAGUGGACCUCUGGGAAGGGAAGGAUAUGGCUGCGGUGCAAAGGACCCUGAUGGCGUUGGGCAGCGUGGCCGUCACCAAUAACGACGGCCUCUACAAAGGCGACCCAGACUGGUUCCACAGGAAAGCACAGGGCUAUCGGCGGGAGUUCACCGAGGAGCAGCUGCGCCAGGGCCAGAGUCUGAUCAGCCUUCAGAUGGGCAGCAAUCGCGGAGCGUCUCAGUCGGGCAUGACGGGCUACGGUAUGCACCGUCAGAUCAUGUAGAAGACCGGCCGGCCUCGCUUCCUCCACCCUGUGUAACGUAGCCUCUUCUGCCUUCUGCUAACCGAACCUAACCUCCCUGAAACUGCUGCUUUCUUCUCCUCUUUGUGUCUUCCAUUCUGCCGCGCCGCUGUCACUUCCACUUUACGACUUGACGUGCGACUCCUAAGUCCCCCAAUGUAACCCAGCUGACAUAUGAUGAAAAUGUCAGACAAGCCAUGAGUGUUGAUGGAUGCUGCGAAAAAGGCAUGUGUCUUUGAAUGGCAUUAACCACGGUUGUUGCUUUAUUAUGCCAUCGAUCGUGUGCUCAGUCGGCCUCACGUCGUGCCUGGUUUAGAAAAUAAUAAAACACAUGAAUAGAAUGUUAGUGUGCUUGUGUAUAGAAAAUCAUCAACUGAUUUUUUUUCCCCCUGAUUUUAAUAAAGUAAUCCACAAUGGUUUAAAAAA